CGCCCACAUAAGGUCAGAGGUCACUGGGUGUUCAUCAAACAUGGCGUCCUCUUUGCUGAGCAGAAGGACAGCGUUAUUAGUUGGCAUUUCUAAAUUAAACACGUUUUUACCGGCUGUUUUGCAGCAGAUAGCGAAUUAUAACCCCAAACCCCUCCGGCUGAAUUUAAAAGAUCCUUAUAUACCGGAUAAAGAGAGCGAGAAGACGCCCGAGUGGCAGAAGACAGACAAAUAUGAACGCAAACUGUUCGGCAGGUAUGGACGGGCGUCUGGAGUGGAUCCGACCAGACUCUGGCCCUCUCACGCCCGACUGGAGGAGCUGAUGGCCGAGGAGAGAGAGUGGCACCCCCCGAUGGAGGUGAUGCUACAGAAUAUCGCAGCAAGAGAGAAAGAAAGGACUGAGAGACGGAUGGAGAGAGAGAAGAUCAUCGCUGCAAACAUGGCCAAAAUGCCCAAGAUGAUCUCCGACUGGAAAAAGCAGAAACGAGAGGCCAAACAGAAGCAAAAGGAGGAGAAAGCUAAACGGGACAGACUGCUGGCUGAGGCGAGAGAACGUUUCGGGUAUGCAUUGGACCCCCGCAGCACCAAGUUCAAAGAGAUGGUGGCUGAGAUCGAGAAAGAGGAGAAGAAGAAGAGGAAACUUCUGAAACGCAGCAAGAGAGAGGAAGAACAAGGGCUGCCAACACCAGCAGCUGAAUCCAGCCAAUAACUCUGACUGCGGAGAACAAGGACUUGAGUACAGUGCUACUAUAUUGUAAUAUCGUUUUCUUUCUACAUAGCGAUUACAACAGAGUUUGUCUCAUUUAAUUAAACUUGACAUGACCAUAGCAGACAAUUCUGCAGAAUAAACCAAGUUUGAAAAGUAUUUAUAUUUAAUAAAUGUCUGUUUGUGCAAACCGACUGCAAAA